GGCGGAAUCACCCCCACAAACCAUCGGUGCUUGUAGCUAUAGACUGACUAACAGAAUAUGUCAUAUUCGUCUUACCUCUGACUUGUGUGGACUUAAAUUAUGCGUUUUAAGAUCGACCCGGGGCAAAUAUGCAAUGGAGGUCAAUAGUUGUUGGUUUGGUCGUAUUGAGACUUUCCUUCAGCUGUGUUAUUUGGCUAGCCUUUGGACUCGGUCCUAACGUUAGCUGGGGAUUCAACUUCCCACUCAGCUUCAGUCUACACAAAUUAGACUUGUUAUUCGGGGAUGAAAAAGGGACCGACCCGAGGCGUAACUCGUGGUCUCAACGAGUACAUGUCCACAGACAUGAAGAGGUGGCGACCACCUGUGCAAAGGUUGGAGAGGGGUCUCCCGAGAGAUCCUACCUGAGCUUCUUCGACAGCAACAGGGACGAGUACUCCCGCAGAUACAGCUCCUUCCCGGACACUCUGAAAGCAAAAAUGAAGGACAUGGCCAAAGAAAUGUUUUAUUUCGGGUAUGACAACUACAUGAAAUACGCUUUUCCCGAGGACGAGCUGAAUCCCAUUGACUGUGAAGGAAGGGGACCAGACGUGCUAAACCCCUCCAACAUCAACAUAAAUGACGUCUUAGGGAAUUACUCCCUUACUCUGAUUGACACCUUGGACACCCUGCUGGUGCUCGGAAAUGUGACCGAGUUCCAGAAAGCUGUCAAGCUGGUUAUAGAUACUGUAUCUUUUGACAAGGACUCAACCGUGCAAGUUUUUGAGGCAAACAUCAGGAUCCUGGGAAGCCUUAUCUCGUCUCACAUCUUGCUGACUGACCCCAAACAUCCGUUUGGAAAGGUCGACUAUGAGGGUUACGAUAAUGAGCUUCUUCACUUGGCUCAUGACCUGGCUGUCCGCUUGCUGCCGGCCUUUGAGAACACCCUCACAGGCAUCCCUUACCCCAGGGUGAACCUGAAGACUGGCGUUCCUCCUGAUAGCAUCAAUGAGACCUGCACUGCAGGAGCCGGCUCCCUGCUGGUGGAGUUUGGGAUUUUAAGUCGCUUAAUUGGAGACUCCACAUUUGAGUGGGUGGCCAGGCGAGCCGUCAGAGCGCUGUGGAGCCUGAGGAGCAACGAGACCGGUCUGCUAGGGAAUGUAGUAAAUAUCCAAACAGGUCAGUGGGUUGGCAAGCAGAGUGGUCUGGGAGCUGGUAUGGACUCCUUCUAUGAGUAUCUGCUCAAAUCAUACAUCCUUUUUGGUGAAAAAGAGGAUCAUAGGAUGUUCCAAGAUUCUUACGAGAGCAUUCAGAACCACAUGAGGAGAGGGAGAGAGUCAUGUAAUGAAGGAGAGGGCGACCCGCCUCUUUAUGUCAACGUCAACAUGUUUAGUGGUGAGAUAAUGAACACCUGGAUCGACUCCCUUCAGGCCUUCUUUCCUGGGCUGCAGGUGCUGAAUGGGGAUGUUGAUAAUGCAAUCUGCCUGCACGCCUUCUACUAUGCCAUCUGGAAACGCUUUGGGGCUCUGCCGGAGAGAUACAACUGGCAGCUGCAGGCGCCCGAUGUGCUCUUCUAUCCUCUGAGACCGGAGCUGGUGGAGUCAACAUAUCUGCUGUACCAGGCGACCAAAAAUCCUUUUUAUUUGCAUGUUGGAAUGGAUAUUCUUCAGAGCCUUGAGAAAAAUGCCAAAGUCAAAUGUGGGUAUGCCACUCUCCACCAUGUUGUGGACAAAUCCAAAGAGGAUCGCAUGGAGAGCUUCUUCCUCAGUGAGACGUGCAAAUACCUUUACCUGCUGUUUGAUGAGGACAACCCACUUCACAAAUCCGAUAACAAGUACAUCUUCACCACAGAGGGUCACAUUGUGCCUAUAGAUAAGCGCUUCAGGGAGAAACAGUGGGAUGAUGAGUUUCCUUGUGAAGAGGCAGUGCUGGCCGAGCAAAAGCCAAUCAACCGGAAACCACCACCGAGCAACAACAGCAAUUGCAACAGGAUCCCAGAGGAGCGACGGUACACUCUGCCGUUAAAGAGUGUGUACAUGAGGCAGAUUGAUCACAUGGUGGGACUUUUCUGAGUGAGAAGAUGCAUUCAGUGACUUUUACAUAAACAGGCCUUCAGUUCACCCCCCCUCAGGCGCAGGUGAGGUUAAAGAGGAUCCACUGUUGGUCCAAAUCCUCGUCCCAUUUGUUCCACUGCUCUGGAUCCAGACAGGAAACUGACACUAAGGGAAACCUGAGAAAGCAGAUGGAUCACUUGCUGUAUUUCUUUAAAGUGUGUGUGGGUGUUUCCGCUCUUUGGUGAAGGAGCAUGUGGUCGACAACUGUGAACAACUUUUUUGCUGGAAGAUGAGGAGUCAUGCUUAGUCACUUAUUGCCUGGUGACAAAUCUCAAAAGUGGAUUUUAGAAUUACUGGUGUGUUUUUUGUCUUUUUUAGGGAUUGGUUCAGGUAUGAGUGUGUAAAUGUGUGUGUGUGUGAUUGUAUGCACAUUUGAAAUAACAGCUGAGCUGUGAGUCAUGAUGUGUUUUGGGUUAAAGUGCCAUCUAGCCACACGUAUGUAAAAUAUUAAGCCACUCACCUCCUAGAAUAUCUCUCUCAACAUGAUGAUUAGUGCCUCCUUGGCAAAUAUCCUCUAGACUAGACGCGUGCUUUUAAAUAAGGGCUGCUCUUUCACAGUCAUUGACAGAGAGAGAGAGGCUCAGGAUGAAUCUCGCAGUUUUUAAAGUGCCUUCAGUUUUUCCAUGGUCUUCCUGAAUGCAGCAAAUGUUUUGGUGGAUACCAUUGUCAAGUAUUCUUUGAAGCCAUUGUUGAUAUUGCACAAUAUGUCAUUCCAUGUGUAUGUACAGUUUUACACUAAUUAUCAUGACAUUUAGCUCUUUCUUUUUUAAAUACACAAACAAGCCAUACGGUGUCUUUUUUUAAUGUCAGCCAUCUUUAGUUCACAGACUCUCCUGCAGAGAUUAUUGUAGAUGGAAUUAGCUUUUUGUUCUUUCUGUUUCAUAAUUGCACAUCAUAAUGCCUAUUAAUUAUCAUGUGGUAAGAACUCAGGGUUUAACGGAAACACUUAAAUCAAGGAUUGCUUUCUUAGAAAAAUAAAACUUUCUUAAAUUGUU